UCCGCUCUCCCCACCCUCCAGUCUCCUCGCUCUCAGUCUCUCUCCACAUCUCGGGACAAGAAAGCCAUCGAAUCCGAGAUCACCGGGCGGGAGCGAGCGAGCGAGCCAGCGGGAGCCAUGUCCGGGAAGGCGCUGGGGAAGCGGCAGAGGAGCCAGGGGACCAUGCACCGGACGCCUAGCAUGGCGUCGGUGCCGUCGGCGGCGAAGCAGGGGCGCCAUGUGAUGGUGAUGAACGGGGAGCCACCGGCGCCGCCUGUGUCCCGGCCGGCCGGUAUGGGGAUGGGCGCUCGAGGAGUCGCCGCCGCGGCGCAGAGGAGGGUCACGGGCCACCACGCCGGAGUGGAGACGGCGGCGUUCUUGAAGAAUUGUGCCCUCUGCGGCCUCGCCCUCGGCCCCGGCAAGGACACCUACAUCUACAGAGGCGAGGUGGCAUUCUGCAGCCAGGAGUGCAGGGAGUGGGUGAUCGAGUACCAUGAGCGUGAUCGCGGGGAGCAGAAUUGCUCCCUUACUUCCAUCAAGGACACCCCGACUGUGUCCGGCGCCAGCGGCUCCGACCAGUCCGGCAGCGGCAGUGAGACCGUCGCCGCCGCUUAGCCCUGUGCUGGCAGCCGGAGGGAAGGUGCAGGGGGUGCCCGGAGGUUUUUGGCUCCCUGCAGAUAGAAACACCACCACCAAAUCCAUUAGCUUCAGAUAGCUUAGACUGUGCUUGGCAUGUGCCACAUGGUACAUGUCAAGUUACAGGCUUUUGUAAAUACAGCUUAGCUAUUUAGACCGUAAUGUUUAUGUGGGCAUGGAUGCUCAAAAGAAUGUGCCAGUCGUGACUGAUGAAUCAUGUUUUCCUUUCCCGUGUAAAGGAGAACACCUGAACCUGGGCUGAUUGCAACAUCAAACUUCACAAAUCUUCUCUUUUGUGGUGAACUGAU